AGAGUUGAAAUGUAAAUCUGAAACAGCAAGGAAGUCUUAAAGUGUAAGAUGAAUGCAAGAUGAGUAUCUUAAACACAGAGCAGCAGGGUUACUUCAGCCCUGUUGGCGGCGCCACAAUUCACGUCCCCAGGGCACGCGCCUUUGUUCCACGUCUUCCACUUCGCACUGCCAGAUACCGUUGUAGGCUCCAGAUGCCUCGUCGCUGGGGAACCGCAUCUCCCUUCACAUUACCCAUGGUUCCUUGAGUUGUAGUGAAAGCGCUGCAAUGGCAGAAAACUCCACCCCUGUUGAUGGCCCAGGCCAACCUGACCUCACCAUCCAUGAUGAAGCGUCUCGAUUCGACUUACUCUUAGGAUCGCCUGCGCCGAGCAUCCACGAGGACCACGACUAUGAUCUCAGGAAAGGCUUACAGGGAUCGCCGUUCCGGCGUCAGGGGACGAACACAACGAGCCUCCAUGAAGCAAAUCUCUUGUCGCCAGUCGCAAAUCAAGUCGGUAUCAAGGCCAACUCAAGUGACCAGGGCGGCAUCUACAGCCCUCCGCAGACACCGAGUCAAGGCGCCAUGGACGAGGCCGACAUGGCGAUCGAUGGAACCAUUUCUGGCGGACCUUUCAAUUUUGUGCCAGUUCAAUAUACCGCUGGUAAGGCAAAUACCAGUAAGAGCGAGGCUAUUGGGAAACGUCGGGGUCAUAAAUAUCGACAUUCGUCAGUACACGCAUCACAUAUGGAGGCCAUUACAAAGACACCCUCGAAUCAACGGACAUCUAUGUCAGUACCUGCAUCUCUACCGAUGCCGACGCGCAAUGAAGCCUGGUGGAGCAUGAAUCGGGAGCAGACUAAGCGCUUGGCGUGGUGCCUUUGUCACUUCGCUGUCGCGGGUUACGUUCAAUCCGUUGCCGGUGGAAGUCUUGCUUUGACGGCACUGAGCCGCCUUCUCCUUUUCGACGCAGCAGCAGCUACCGUUUGUGUUGCCGUCGAUGUCAUGGGGAAUUUCGAGGUUUGGCAACGAAGCUCCAUCAAGCACCCCUUUGGCUUGGAGAGAGCUGAUGUGCUUGCUGGUUUUGGCAUGGCAGUUUUCAUUGUAUUCAUGGGGCUCGACAUCAUCAGCCACGGUAUUCAACAUUCGCUCGAGAACGUCGGAAACCACGUUCCACACUCUUCGCAUCACCAUGAACGAGUCACCGCAGGAAGUGUGGAUAUCGCAAGCAUCUUAGCAGUGGUCAGCACGCUGAUAUCGGCGUUUCUACUCAAGAACCAUGGACGCAUCGGGAAAGCUAUGCACUUCGAGUACCUCGCUGGUUGGGGAAAAGUGUUUGGAAACCCAUCGCAUUUCUUAACACUCUCCUGUUCGCUCCUCCUGCUGGUCAUGCCAUUUUUGCCGGAAAUUACAUACAAUGUCUACGAUAGACUGGCUUCGUUUCUUAUGGCAGGUCUCAUGAUUGCCUUGGGGGUUCGCCUGGCUACAAGCUUAGCGUCAAUGUUGCUGAUGAGCUUCAAUCCGCCCUCUACUGACAAGCACGCCGUGCGCAACGUCAUUGCUGAAAUAGUGGCUCUGGAUCCCACGGUGACGCGGGUUGAGGAAGCGAGAUUUUGGCAAGUGCAUUAUGGCCUCUGCAUGGCCAAUCUCAAGUUGCGUUAUCAAGAGAGUAAUUUUGGACAUGGGUCAAGCGAGGACGGUGUCAGGAUCCGUCAGCGAGUGAUUGACCUGAUUCAGCGAAGAUUCAACGGGAUGAAAUGGGAAGUUAGCAUACAAUUAACAUCGGAAUGAAUGAUGAUUUUGAGCGUCGCCGUGGUCUUACAAAACCUUCCAAGUCACUGAACUUCCUUGCUCGAGGCGUUGUGACCCUUUGCGCACUGUUCCCGUGAUAAAUCACUAGUUAAUCUUCACUCAACACUGUGAUGUGUCCUUCCGGAA